AUGUGUAUCUUUGCUAUGGAAGACUGGCCGACGUACGCUAUCGACGCCAUGGUGGACUUCUUUCGCCAUCACAAGGCCUACCGCAUUAUCACCCCUCUCGACCGCCACAAGCUCAUGUACUUGGACCCUACAUCCAACGCUUCCGUUGAAGCUAUUCCCUCCGAUGUGUGCCUCGCUCACGUUCACCUCGAUAUCUUCAAGCUAGCAUAUGACUGGAAUAUCAAACAUCUCCAGGAAUUCGCUCACAAUGCAUUAGUCAAGGCCUUGGCGGGUCAGCCUACGCUGGCUCAGUUCAAGCACAUGCUUGUCAGCACUGGCAUAUUCACAGCAAAGUAUUGCACGCCUCCUGCUUCCGAAGAUCAUCUUCUGAACCUGGUGUUGAUGGCUUUGGGUACUUAUGGUGCUAUGGUUCACGAUGCCUGGAUGAGGGAAGAGAACCGUCAAGAAUAUGUCAACCUAUACAUUGUUGCACCUUAUUUCGCUGUCUAUCGCGAUCUGGCGACACCAGGACAUAGCGUCGUUUUUGCUGAGUGGUCAAAGGAGGUAGACGCGAAGCGGCAGAAGAUCGAGGGCUCCGGUUCAAUGCAGUUGUCAUAG